UUAUGGAUUAGAUUGGUGUAAAUACAAUGCGAAGUGUACAAAAGCUAAUUAAAUCAGCAAUUAAAACAAGGGUUUUAACAGCAUUUCCAAAUCUCCCAUAGAAUAAUUUUGAGAUAUAGUUGGAAACAAUAUCAAACAAUCUAAAUUAUGAAUACAAAACACCUACUGUUAUAAGAAUCUUCAAUCAAUUUAAAAAAUAAAAUUUAUUUGGAGGUAAUCACACGUAUUACUAUGGAAUAUAGAUUUGAAAUCAGAAGUUGAAGUGGCAUAGAAAAUAGCAUCUACAGAAUGUUAAGAUAAUGUUAUUUAAAAAGUCGAGGCAAUUGAGAAAGGAUAUUUAACAAUUCAAUUAAAUAAUUAAUUUAUUGAAGAUGAAAUAAAUGCAAUCUUAAUAAAUGGAUUAAAGUUCCCAUUAGAAAAGAAAUAAGUAUAUAUUGUAUUUUACAAUAAUUUAGAAAGUAGUUGUUGACUUCUCAAGUCCUAAUAUUGCAAAAGAGAUGCAUGUCGGUCAUUUACGAUCAACUAUUUUAGGAGAAUCGUUAUGCAGAAUAUUAGAAUUCUAAGGAUAAGAAGUAGUAAGAGUUAAUCAUAUUGGUGAUUGGGGUACCUAAUUUGGAAUGUUGAUUAAUCAUUUAUUAGAAGAAUAUCCAGAUUAUUAGACUAAUAGACCUGCUCUUAAAGAAUUAGAAGAUUUAUAUAAGGAAGCAAAAAAGAAAUUUGAUUCAAAUGAAGAAUUUAAAGUUAAAUCUUAAUAAUAUGUUGUAAAAUUAUAAGCAUUGGAUCCUGUAUGUAUAGAUGCUUGGAAAAUGAUAUGUGAAUUAAGUCGAUAAGAAUAUAAUAAAAUUUAUCAAAGGUUGAAUGUUAAAAUAACAGAAUAUGGAGAAAGUUAUUAUAAUCCAAUUCUACCUGAAAUAGUCAAAGAAUGUGAAGCAAAAGGAAUUGUGGAAUUAGAUAAGGGAGCCAAAAUUAUAAGAGUGAAGGGUGAAAAGGAGGUACCUCUAAUGAUUGUUAAGAGUGAUGGUGGUUAUAAUUAUGAUACUACUGAUAUGGCAGCAGCUAAGACUCGUAUUUUAGAAUGGAAAUGUGAUAGAUUACUUUAUUUAACUGAUGUAGGAUAAUCGAGUCACUUUAAACUUAUUUUUGAAGGUGCAAAAUUAAUGGGAUGGCAUUAACCACCAAUUACAUCAAUGGAACAUAUGGGAUUUGGUUUAGUAUUGGGUCCUGAUGGUAAAAAGUUUAAGACAAGAUCAGGUGAUACAGUUAAGUUGAUUGAUCUAUUGGAUUAAGCUAAAGAGAGAGCUUUAAAACAAAUUAAAUAAAGGGUUUAAGAAAAUUAAUAAGGAAAAGAAUUUGCAACUGGAACUGCUCUUUCUCCAGAAGAAUUUGAUACUGCUGCAGAAAGAAUGGGAAUAGCUGCCAUUAAAUAUUAUGACUUAAAGUAGAGUCGUAUAUCUGAUUAUAAUUUCGAUUAUGAUAAAAUGCUUGAUCCAAAGGGUAAUACUGCUGUAUAUUUAAUGUAUUCUUAUGUUCGAAUGUUAUCUAUUUUACGAAAAAGUGGAAUUUAAGACUUUGAGGUUUAUAAAACAGAAAAUAAAUUCAAAAUAACACAUCCACAUGAAAGACAUUUAGCUACAUAAUUAUUACGAUUUGUUGAUGUUCUAUAAUCAGUAACUGAUUAAUUAGCAAUAAAUUGGUUAUGUGAUUAUAUUUAUGACAUUUGUGUUAAGAUAGCCGAAGCUUAUAAUUAAGUAAUAUAUUAUAAAAUAUGAAAUUUAGUAUCGUAUAUUGAAUGAUGAACACACUUAAACAAGGUUGUUAUUGUGUGAAGCAAUUAGAAUGGUAUUGUUACAAUCAUUUUAUUUGGUUGGAAUUGAACCUAUAGAAAAAAUCUGAA